AUGCAGCAUCGUGUCACCGUUGUUGCGUUCCUGCUACUACACCUAGUCUUAGCAGCCCUACCAUACGACGACCAGCGAAUUCAUUACGCCGUUCUUGUCCUGAAGGAGCUCUUUUUGUGGGCCCUCCCGUCCACCGCUAUAGAAGUCCUUGAUCGCGAGAUCGAAGGAGCUCAUAGAGACCUUCUCGAGGCUGUAGAGGCGAGGCGGCUGGGGAGGAACCCCUCAAAAACUUUGCGGGAUAUAUUUUAUAGGUUGGAAGAUUCGUUCGGUGUUUUGCAAGAACAGACCAGACUGUCGAGUAGGUACCCAUGGACCGACUUUUGGGCGAUGUUACGUGGUAGAUUCAUCCCAAUCUAUAUGUGCUUAUGGGAAGUCAAGGAUUUCAGGCGGCAGAUUGUGAGCUUGUCGCGCGAUCGUGAGCAAUCUCCCUCUCAUUUUCUUCCUCCAUCUCUCCGUUUCCUUUUAUCGGACUCCUUCGUGGGCAUCGCGUUAUUUACUUCGUUCGGGGGAUCAGUGCCGAGGAGGGACUGCUAUCUCCGGACUCAUUGCUUCAUCCCCAACCUAUGA